AUGACUCUUCUAGAGAUGAGCUACAACUCUUUAUCUGUCAAGGCUGCUGUAAGCAGUUCUGAUCUCAAGCACCUGUCAUGGUUUUCGAGUAACUCUGAUCCACCGGAAGGAGGGCUUUGGGAGAAGAGCAACUCUCAAGUUCAUCCGUCGAAUACUCCGGGAUCGACUUUGAUUCCAACACAACUAAUUGGAUCAGAUAAUUACGGACUAUGGCGAGGAUCGAUCUGUAUCGCCUUACAAGCUAAGAGAAAAUUGGGGUUCAUAACUGGCACUUGCAGAAAGAAUCAAUUCAGUGCAGAUCUGCAUGAAGAUUGGGAAACAUGUAACGCGAUUGUGUUGUCCUGGAUCAUGAACACAGUGUCGAAGAAUCCCCUUAGUGGAAUUGUAUACACAUCUAAUGCACAUCUGGUUUGGGAAGAUCUCAAAGAGCGAUUCGAUAGAGUGAAUCGAGUUCGCAUUUUCCAAUUGCAUAGAGAAAUAGCUACGAUUUCUCAAGGGACUGACAUUGUGGCUGCAUAUUUCACCAAAUUGAAGGAACUUUGGGCUGAAUAUGAUGCUUUAGUGCCUUCACCAGGUUGUGAUUGCGCAAAAUCGGAUUACAUCGAACACUUACAGUGA